CGUCCGGUGGCGGCGGGGCCGAUGGCGGAGCCAGCGCAGGGCACGGAGCCGCUGUGGCGAACGCCUCCGGGCCGCCUGGCCCCGCCGCACGUCUACCGCAUGGCGGAGGCGUUGGGCGCCGAACUGCGCCGUCUCUCGGGCCGCUUUGGACCCGACGCCGUGGCCGGAUUGGUGCCGCCGGUUGUGCGGUUGCUGGAGCUGUUGGAGGCGUUGGUGGCACCGGUGGGCUCCGAGGGUGAGGCGCUGCUGGCCGAGCAGCAGGAUGCGGAGGACCUGGAGCAGAGGCUGUGGGAGGCCGAGCGCCGGGAGCGAGCCCUGCGAGGCCGCCUGGCCCAGCUGGAGGAGCAGAACCAGCAGCUCCUGGGGCAGCUGGCAGAGAGCCACCACCAGGAAGACAGCACGGUGCGGAAGGAACGAGAGGUGAUGCUGCGGCUGAAGGAGGUGGUGGACAAGCAGAGGGAUGAGCUUCGUGCCCAGGCUCAUGAGAUCGUCUGCAAGAGCCGAGACACGGAGGCGCUGCAGGAGCAGCUGCACCGCUUCAUGUCCAUGAACGAGGAGCUGCGGCACAAAGUGGCCGUGGUGCAGGCGCAGCUCAAGAGCACUCUGGAGAAGAAGUCGGACCUGGAGGCCGCUGUGCUGCAAACCCAGAGGGAAAUGAGCAGGAGGAGCAGGGCUGCCCCCGAGGCACCGCUGCCACAGCCCAGCCAGGAAGAAGCAGCACCGCUGCCUGCGGAGGAGCCGCAGUGCCAGGAUGCGAGCAGGAGCCCGGCUCAGUGCUGCUUCUCCAUGGAAGAGCUGCAGCAGAUCCUGCAGGAGCGGAACGAGCUGAAGACCAACCUGUUCCUGGUGCAGGAGGAGUUGGCCUAUUACCAGCGGGAGCUGCUGAAUGAAGAGAGAAUCCCCAGCUUCUUCCUGGACGCGAUGAAGUCGACAAUCAAAAAGCAGAGAAGAAAAAUCAGAGCCAAGAUGCUGGGGACAGCAGAGGAGUCAGCAAGUAGCGACGAAGAGGAAGGCUCCUGGCUCCCGGCUCGAGGUGCAGACUGUGUGGAUGCUCCGCCUCCAGAAUCCAAAAUCAGGAGCUUCUUUGGGUUAUGGUAUCAGGGCAGCAGCAAAGACCCCCCCGUGCCCAGCUGCUCCGGAGCCUGGGAAAUCAUCGACUCACUGGACACACAGCAGGAGCAGGUGGGAGAGCACAAACCAGACCGAGGCGCACCAGCACUCUGACCCUGUUGGAUCUGACCGUGGCAUCACCGGGAGCCAAAGAGCACAGUGUGGUGCAUGGCUGGGAUGCUCAGCUGGCACAGAGCAGCUCGGCACCUCUGGGCACCUUGCCCCAUCC